AUGCUCCAGAGGAAGGGCGUGCAAGUAUUCGAAGCACCCUUAUCCAGAUAUAUGGAGAUGUAUUGCGAUAUGCGAUAUGCGAUAGAGUGUACCCGGAAGCUGAGCGUCAGAAAGCGAAUCUGGAAAACAAUUUCGGUGUCUAAUAUUGGGGACGGGCGGCUUUCAACCCUUCAGACAAAGAUCAAAGGAACAGAGCAGAAUCUCAAGGGAUUAGUCGAUAUCACGCAGAACAUUCACAGCAAAGAGCGAGCGGAAGAAAUUCUUCUACGAAUUGAACAGAUUUCAGCACUUGUUGAGGCAAUUGCCCAAAGCCUUGAACUUUCCAAGAUACACAUUGCUGUUAAAGCAGUGAAUGGUACUUGGAAUGAUGAAAAUGAAGAACCAUUGUUGGAAGGCACAAGACAAGAGCUCCUGGAGGAUAUCGUUAAAUGGGCAGAUAACCCCGACGGCGAGCAGUUUUUCUGGCUUGACGGUAUGGCGGGAACUGGAAAGUCUACUAUAUCGCGUAAAAUGGCCUCAUUAUUCCAAGACCGAGGUAUCUUGGGAGCAAGUUUCUUCUUCAAGAGGGGCCAGCUGGAUUGCGACUCGGCAAACAAAGUCAUACCAACGAUCGCCUAUCAGUUGAUGAACUUAUUCCCAAGGCUUAAAAAGGAGAUUCAGGAAGUAAUCAAGAAGGAUGCAUUGAUAUUUGAGCAAACUCUUGAGGCACAGUUUACAGCUCUACUCUUGGGGCCACUUAAGCAGCUAGAAAUUUCUGGACAUCAGCGGUUGACUAUGGUUCUUAUCCUUGACGCAAUGGAUGAGUGUUCAAAUCAAUAUCCAGUAGAUGCUGUACCGAAACUUCUCCUGCUUUUAUCCCAACUCAAAGGGGUAAAAGUACUUGACAUGCGGUUUUUGGUCAUAGGACGACCAGAGGCACCUAUCAGCGAUGGGUUCGACAGAUUGGACGAAAGCAAAUACUUCAAAGUUUCUCUUGAACAAGUUGAAAGCGUGAAGGAUGAUAUUUCCAACUUUCUACGCACCAAACUCAACAAAAGAAAGGCACACUGCAUGCGUGUUAAUCUCCAUGGAAGAAAUCUCUUCGAAAUCCCUGAGACCUGGCCUGAAGAAAGCCUUAUAGAGGUAUCAACUGAGAGCGCAUGCCCAUUACUCAUUGCCGCAUCAACCAUGACCCGAUUUAUCGGAGCCUCGAAGUUCUCUCCUGUGGAGCGAGCCAACAUUUUUCUACAGAAUGAAGGCUCCCGAAGCAACACGUUUGAGGUCUAUCGCACCGUUUUGGAUCAAUUUGUCUCUGUAGACGACUUGACUGAUAAAAGGCAGAUUCUUGAAGAUUUUCAUCGAAUUGUGGGACCAAUCAUUCUGCUCUACAAUCCACUUGCAACCAACGCCCUGUCGCGUCUACUUGGUAUAGACCAAAGUCUUAUUGACAGAAGAUUAAGAGAUCUUCGGUCAGUUCUCGUUGUGCCCGAUCAGGAAGAUGUUCCCAUUAGACUGCUCCACCUGUCCUUCCGAGAUGUCCUUUUUGACGAUAAAACCUCUCAAAUGGGCCAAUUUAAGGUGGAUGCAAAAGCCCAAAACCACAACUUGGCCAUGAGAUGUAUUGAUGUUAUGUCUGAUAAGAAAGGUGGUCUAAGAAGAAACAGUUUUUGUUUUGAGCACAAACCAGUGGACCAUGAAUGUUCUAAAGUCAAUGAUGAUAAGGGAAAGUUAGAGCCACAUGUGAGCUAUGCUUGUCAAUACUGGGUGGAACAUCUCCAGAAUUGUCCUGAUACUUUCGAUCAUGAUCUUGUAUACGCGUUCUUUGCAGACCAUUUUCUUCAUUGGCUGGAAGUUAUGGCCUUAUUUGAUAUGACAUCAGAGGCCUUGAGACAUCUAGUUGAGUUAGAAAAGAUACUAUCAGCUUCAGUACGCGAUCCCAAAGAUACACUGUCCGAGAGGCUUAUACUGACCAUCUAUUCAGAGAACGCAAAGCUCUCAGCUGACAAGAUUUCUUCAUGA